AUGAUUGGUAGCAUUAAAGUGGGUACUGCUCAUGAGUUUCUGGAGGGAAAGAUAGCAAACGAAAAUGGACAGAAUGAAGUUCAUGCAAGCGCAGGAAAAAUUGAAGAAAUAAGUAAGGAACAGAAGAAGAAAAAGAGAAGUCGACGAUCAGAUCCUGACAGUCUCUUGUCAGAGCAUGAUUUUGUUGAAGGAAACGAUCAUGGAAUGGGCUACGAAGAAGCAAAAGCUGAUUUUACAGAGAUAAUGGGGCGGCGACAGAAGAAAAAAGGAAGGCAUCGUGAUGAGCAACAAUCGAAAUCUGAGCAAUUCACUGGCAAGAAUGGUCAAAAAGACGAGGCUAAUAUGGGACGAGAACACUUUAUAGGCAGGAAUUCACAUUUGAACAAUAUCGAUUUGAUAGGGUAUUUACGAAAGCCUGAUGAAAAUGUGCCCGGGAUUGCUUUCGAACUACAUUUGGAAGGUAACUUUAUGGAUUGGGUACGAUACAUGUUGGAGAUAGAAAGUCAGGUCAAGAAAGAGUUGAAGAAACAGUUGCUCCUAUUUUUGCUGCAGUCAAUAACUGCUACUUCGUUGAUUGGCCCUAAGGAUUUGUAUUAUAGCACGAAUAACCAGACUAAGAAACAAGAGGAAGAUAUUUUAGAACAGAUUGAGAAACAAGAAGAGGAUAUUUCAGGAAAGAAAGAGAAUAAAGGAUUAAAUGAGGCUAUGGCAUAUCUCGUAAAGGAUCAAAGUUCUACCCUGGAGAGCACAGGAUUUAAGACUGAAAAGAUAACGGAUCAUAUGACAUUCGGCAGUGAUAACAUUCCAAAAGAUUCAGAAAUAUUGUCGAAGACGGAAAUAAUUACGGAGGCAUCAAUUCCGAAGGGGUUAGAAAUAAACGUGGAGAGGCUGGCAGAAGAACAUCCAGAACCAUUGGGUGCCACAAAUCUCAAUUUUGGUGGUAAUGUUACCGGGAAUAUUACUACAACUUCUGCAAAGGAAGCAAAAUAUGACGUGGGUGCUGAAAAGAAGGAACCAGUCGUUCUGGUAUCACAAACAGAUAAAGUUUCUCAUAUCAUGCCAACUCAUGAACGCAUGUGCAAGCUUCUACCUCGUGACAUCCAGUUUUGUGUACACAUGAUUGAGAAACAUGGAGAAGACUAUGAGACAAUGGCAAAAGAUCAUGGCAAUGUUUUCCGUGAUUCAGCAAAAGGAAUAGCUCGAAAAAUACGAAUUUUCAAGGAAAGUCCACAAUAUGAAACAUAUUUGAAACAAAAAGCCGAGAAGAACGGCUCAGUCGCAUAG